AUGGCGAACAAGCGACGACACGGUCCUGACGACGACGACGACGACGACCAAGACGACCAUGAUGAUCCCUCUCCGCCAUCUUCUCCUAAGCGUCCGCGAGUCAACGGCCAACGUGCAGAGAGCAUUGCUAUAGACAACGAUGAGGUCGACGGAAACUACACCUACCAGUACCACAGCCAUGUCAACGACGACUACACUCUCCAACUCGAUGUCUCGUCCGACGAAGCAGACGAUCCAGACCAUGAACUCCGCGCUACCCAGCGUGUCCAGCAACACUACCAGCGGAACACCGAGAACAAGGCUGCCGAGCAAGGUGUCAUUGAAGAGGUCUACAUGGAGAACUUCAUGUGUCACGGCAAGCUUCGUAUCCAGCUUGGUCCUCUGAUCAACUUCAUCAUUGGUCAUAACGGGAGUGGAAAGAGUGCCAUCCUCACAGCUCUCACCAUCUGCUUGGGUGUCAAAGCUGCUCAGACGAACCGCGCUGGCAGUCUCAAGAACUUCAUCAAGACCGGCGAAGACCAGGCUCACGUCGCUGUCAAGAUCAAGAACGACGGUGAUAUGGCCUACCAGCCCAACGACUACGGCAAGUCAAUCAUCGUCGAGAGACACUUCACUCAGACUGGAAGUGGUUUCAAGAUCAAGAACGCUCAAGGCAAGACCAUGUCGACAAAGCGAGCCGAACUUGAGAACAUCGUCGACUUCUUUGCUCUGCAGCUCGAUAACCCCAUGAACGUCUUGUCCCAGGACAAGGCGAGAGAAUUUCUCAGCGGCUCUUCUCCCUACGACAAGUACAGAUUCUUCAUCAAGGGCACUCAACUCGAACAACUCGACAGCGACUAUCGCAUCCUCGAAGAUCAGCUGAACGAUAUCGAGUACAAGGCUGAAAUUCAAGAGACUGAUAUUGGAGUUCUCGGCACAAAGGCAAGAGCUGCCAGGGAGAAGAAAGAGUUGGCCGACCGCAAUGCCACCAUGGUGGAGAAGCUUAAUCAGUUGCGCUGGCAGCACGCCUGGGCUCAGGUCGAGGAGCAGGAACGCGAGCUCGAGAAGUUCGACGAACAGAUCCGCCAGGCUGAAAACAAGAUCCUCAUGCAGCAGGCAAAAGCUGACCAAGCCAGCCAGCUUUAUGACGAGUCCAACACCACACGCGAAGCAAACGCCAGUGUCAUCGUCGAUCUUCAAGAACAGUUGGGCCCUUUACAAGACAACUACGCCGAGGUCAAGAGCAUCUUCGAUACCAACAAGCAAGAGAUGAUAGAGAAGAAGCACGAACAAAGGAGCAUCAAGACGGACAUCAACAACAACAAGGCAACAAUGGCGCAACUGGAGGCCAAGAUACAGGCCGAGAGGACCAGGAUCGAAAACGCCAACGGUCCUGCCCAUGCUCAAAAGGUGGAUGAUUUGGAAGAUGCUCGUACACGAUUGCAAGAGCACAAGGAAACUGAACAACAGCAUGCUGCCCAGAAGGCGCAAAUCGAGAACAAUGUCAACGAGGCUCAGAACGACCUCAGGACCGCUCGUGGGCGUGACCUGGAAGACAAGAGAAAGGAUGUUCAGGCCGCAAACAACAUGCUGGAGCGACUGCGACAGGACCAAGGUCAACAGGCCAGAGCUUAUCCACCACAGAUCCACAAUGCUCUUCGACAGAUCAAGAGCGAACGCGGUUUUAUAUCACCGCCAAUAGGACCCAUGGGCAUGCACGUUCGGUUACUCAAGCCUGAAUGGGGUUCGAUCGUCGAGUCCACAUGUGGUAGACAACUGAAUUCCUUUGUUGUCAGUAACAACCAGGACUCACGACUGUUAUCUAGGAUCCUGAAGCAACAAAACUGCAAUUCGGAUAUCAUCAUCAACAAUGGGCGCCACAUUGACACUUCGCAGAACGAGCCUGAUCAGAACCUUGAGACAAUGCUUCGAGUGUUGGAGAUUGACAACGAUGCAGUUCGCAACUGCCUCAUUAUUAACCAGGGUAUCGAUCAGACUGUGCUCAUCCCUGACAGGGAGACUGCCAACCGAUUUGCUCAAACAAAUCCGCGCAACGUCAGAGCGACUGUCACCCAUCAUGAAUCCAAACGUGGGCAGGGUAUCCGCUACCAGGUGACCAGAAGUGGCGGUAUCUCUCUGGGUCCUGUGCAUGCAUGGACCGGACAGAUGCGCAUGAAGACUAGUCUAGAAGCGCAGUUAAAUAUGCAACAGGAGAACCUGAACAACGCCAGACGAGAUCUCCAAGAAGCCGAGAACAAUGUGCGAACUGUAGAAGCCGCUCUCACCCGCGCCAAACAGGCUAAAGUUCGCUUCGAAAGAGAAGCAAAGAAUAUUCGUGAGCAGAGGCAAUCUUGCGAAGAUCGAAUCGAACAGCUACAGGGCGAACUCGAUGCCGACGCUGCCAACGACACAGGCGCACUAGACGAGUUGCAUGCACAAUACAAUGAGGCCGAGCAGAAUCUCCAAGCCGCCAACGACACGAUGAUGGACUCCAUCAACGCGUUGGACAAAUCAGGCGAAGAGAACAGUCUGAUCAAGCAGCAGCUCGAUGCUGCCACCAAAGAGGUCGAAGAAGCCCAGGCGCGACUUACCAAAGCCCAAAAACGGCUGGACGAUAAGGAUACUCAACGUGUGUUGGCGCUCCGGAAGAAGAAUGAAGCCCUCGAAAUGGUCGAUCUUGCUCAACAUGAAAAAGCAGGUCUCGAAGAGCAGCGUGUUGAACAAAAGGCAAUUGUCGACGAGUACGAGACAGAAGCCUCCAAAGUUUGUCGCAGAAUCACCGUAGAUGCUGGCAAUACGGUUGAAUCACUUGACAAGAAACUCGAGAAGCUCGAGGAGGAGAACACGCGCUACCAAAAUAGGCAAGAGAUCAUCAAGGCCUUCACUAUCGCACAUAGAGCUUUCCUCACUGCCCAACGAAAGCUGAGCAGACAAAAAGACACGACAAAGAAACUCAAGCAGGCGCUCAUACAUCGCAAGCAUCGCUGGAGAAAGUUCCGCAAGCAUAUCACGACGAGAGCAAGAAUCACCUUUGGCUACCUCUUAUCCGAACGCAACUUCCGUGGACGCCUUUUGGUCGACCAUACGGAAAAGAUGUUGGACAUCAGUGUUGAACCCGAUAUCUCGAAGAACAGCGACAAAGGCCGUCAAUCCAAGACUCUUUCUGGUGGAGAAAAGUCAUUCUCGACAAUCUGUCUGCUGCUUUCUAUCUGGGAGGCCAUGGGAUCGCCCAUUCGCUGUCUUGAUGAGUUCGAUGUCUUCAUGGACAGUGCGAACAGAGAGAUCAGCAUGAAGAUGAUGAUUCAGGCUGCUCGUAGGUCUGUUGGCAGGCAGUUCAUCCUCAUUACGCCGCAAGCUAUGGGCAAGUAUACCGAAGGUGUGCAAGACGUUAGCGUGCACAAGAUGGCAGAUCCAGAGCGCGGUCAGACGACUUUGAACUUCACCGCUGCUUAA